AUGGGCGUAAAGGCGAUAACUCCUCUGCCAGAGACUGCGUGCAAGCCUGCGCACGAAGCUGUGGUGGUCAUGAUCACAGCCAAUGUCACGAUAGUCCGACAGGUUGCUGAUAUCAUUCGACAGCACCCUGAAUGUCAGUACACGUUGAUCUUCAGUCCUCGGAGGAGUCCGUCAUGCGAUAAGAUUUUAGAGAAGGAGGGCGUGUUCGGAA